ACUGGAUCAGCAAUGAAAACUGCACGAAAUUCACACGUUUUAGACGUAGUCGAAUAUUUAAGAGCUGUGCUUACCUUUUCGGGAACAUGGCCGCAACGCAACCCAUCCUGGUCUUACAGGAUGAAGAAAAUUUUCAGUUGGUGCCUGGAUAUAUCAAUUCACAUAUUCUUAUUUGUUGAAAUGCGUAAGAAUUACCAAAACGAUGAAAUCAAAGAGUUAACUGAAACAUUAUCAGUCACAACGUCUUACUUUUCAUGGUUGAUUAAACGAACAAUAUUUGAGUUCAAAUUCAACACACUUAUAUCACUCUUUGAGAAACUUGAAGAUCCUGUAUUGCAUGAUUUUCCCACGCAAUGCUACACAUACGUACAUAAAGAAAACAGAUUCACAAUGAUUAUGGCUAAGACAUUUCAAUUCUUCGCUGCUAACAUGGUUACGUUAUCCGCAGUCAAACCAUUCAUGAACGCUGGAUUAGCACUGAAUUUUUCAGUUUUUGAGUUGGGGAAGUGGUAUUAUCCGAUACAUUGUUAUGAAGUUAUUACCAUGGCCAAUACUUGCUAUAAUAAUAGCACCAUGGAUUGUGUUGCUAUGUCUUUGGUGUCUAUUGGUAGCACGCAAUUUGAAAUAUUAAAGGAGAAAAUUAUUAACUGCAGGCAAUGGGCUGGACGUUCAACUGAAGAAAUUGAUCGAGGUGUUAGAAAUACUGAAGCUGAUAUGGAUCCCAAAUUGGAUGCUACUAUUAAAAAUUAUUUGAAUGACUGUGCGAAACAUCAUUUAAAAAUACUAGACAUAGUAGAUGAUGUGGAAAGUGUAUUUUCGUAUCUAUUGUUGUCACAAUUUACAACAAGCGUUCUGGCAAUUUGUAAUACCUGGUUUCAAUUUAUGAUGGAAGACAAUAUAAUAAAGAUUUUGUUUCUGGCAUGUUAUGCAAUUGCUUUACUCUACCAAUUAGGAUUGUAUUGUGUAUAUGGUGAUAAAGUCAUGUUAAAGAGUCAGGAAAUCCGUGACGCUUGCUUCUUUUCGCAGUGGUAUCGAUCAAACAAGUCGGUAAACAGAAGUGUAAUGUUGAUUAUGGAAAGAGCAAAACGGCCAACGGUUAUAACUGCUGGGAAAUUAUCUGUUUGCAAUAUGGUCACUUAUACUGGAUUGGUGAGGAUGUCUUAUUCGUACUUCGCAUUGAUGAAUAGAUUAUACGGCACAGAAUAAGCAGAAUAAGUCAUGCAAAAGAUUAUGGAGUCAAC